CGGAAACAGUAAAUAACCUAACAUCAACUUAAAACCACGAGUAACAGAAAAGAUGCUUCUGUUACACACAUGAACGUCCUCUUCAUUCUUCAACAAAUUCAAAUCACAACGAAAAACCUUCUGUAACCGCCUUAAAACCCUAGCUAACCGUCGCCGAUCACUUAAUCGGAGCUCUCACCGGACCGGAAAAUUUCACCACAUCUCUCUCAUCAUCGUACAGUUCCACCUCUAGAACUUCAAUUCUCCUGAAAAAGUGCAACACACACGUAAGUUUCGAUCAGAUUCCGUUACUUUCUCGAUCUCCAUACAUUUAUGCAUUCGCAGCAGAUCGGUUAUCUUCCUAUUAUGUCGCGAUUUGUCUACGCGCCGUCGCCGUUUCCGGCGUCGGUAUCCGCUACUGCCGGUGCCGUGAUUGUGUGGAUUAUUGUUCUGUUUAGUUGUAAUACGUUGUCGUUUGCUUCUGCUUCCGUCGUUGAGCCGACAACGGUUACGCUUCUUCCUCCGCAUGCUAGUGGUAAUUUUGGCGCCAUAUUUGUACCGCUUUAUCCGUAUCUUCCUAAUUCCUCUGGUGACGGAACAUCUCGGAGGCACCGCCGGACGUUUGAUGUUCCUUACGCGAACGCGCGGAUGGAUCUGUAUGAUGAUUUACUUAUCACCGGGUAUUACUCAACGAGACUGUGGAUUGGGACUCCACCGCAGAAGUUUGCUCUUAUAGUUGACACAGGGAGUAGUGUUACUUAUGUUCCAUGCUCUACUUGUGUACACUGUGGCAAGCAUCAGAAUCCUAAGUUUGAUCCAGAUUCAUCGAGCACGUAUCAACCAGUGAAAUGCACUGUUGAUUGCACUUGUGACAAUAGCAUGACGCAAUGCACAUACGCAAGGGAAUAUGCCGAAAUGAGUUCUAGCAGUGGUGUCCUUGGUGAGGACAUCAUAUCAUUCGGUGACCAAAGUGAUAUUUCACCUCAACGAGCCACUUUCGGUUGCGAAAAUUCUGAAAGUGGCGAUCUCUACACUCAACGUGCUGACGGAAUACUGGGUUUGGGCCGUGGUGACUUAAGUCUAGUUGACCAGCUUUUUCACCGAGCUAUGAUACACGAUUCGUUUUCUUUAUGUUACGGUGGAAUGGAUGUUGGUGGUGGUGCCAUGGUUCUUGGUGGUUUAAUCGCUCCCUCGGGGACUGUGUAUGCCUACUCAAACCCUGGACGCAGCCCAUAUUACAAUGUUGACCUGAAGGAGGUACUUGUUGCUGGGAAGCGGUUGCCUUUAGAUCCGAGCGUUUUUGAUGGCAAACAUGGAACAGUUUUAGACAGUGGAACCACAUAUGCAUACAUACCUGAAGCAGCUUUUCUUGCAUUUAAGGAUGCUAUCAUGAAAGAACUCCACUCUUUAAAACAGAUCAAAGGUCCGGAUCCAAACUAUAAGGACAUUUGCUUCUCUGGUGCCGGAAGUGAUGUUUCAAAGCUGCCAGAAAACUUCCCAUCAGUUGAAAUGGUUUUCGGGAAAGGACAUAAGCUGUUACUAUCCCCCGAGAACUACUUGUUCAGGCACUCAAGGGUGAGUGGAGCAUAUUGCCUGGGGAUUUUUCAGAACCCCAAGGAACCAACAACUAUUUUAGGAGGCAUUAUUGUCCGAAACAUAUUUGUUAUGUAUGAACGUGAAAAUCACAGGAUUGGAUUUUGGAAAACUAAUUGUUCUGAGCUAUGGGCAAGACUUAUUGCUUCUGCAACACCAGAUAAACCGCAUUCGAGUCCAGAUAUUUCUCCUCCAGCUCCAUUGGCACCACCGUUUCAUAUUUCUCCAGGGUCAAAAGUCGCAAGCAUAAUAUUCUACAUGUCACUAGACAUCAAGUACCCUAUGUUGGAAUCCCACAUCGCAGAGCUUACUCAGUUAAUCGCCACGGAGUUGCAUGUUAACAGUUCACAGGUUUACUUGUCGGAUCUUACAUAUGAGGGAAAUGGUUCCCUUACAAUAUGGUCCAUCACUCCACUAAAACCCGCUGAAUAUAUGUCCAAAGCGACUGCAUCUGAUAUUAUUGCUCGAAUAGCUGAAGAUGAGAUUCACCUUCCUAAAAGCUUUGGAAAACAUCGUAUAUCCAAUUGGUAUAUUGAGGCGGUUCCAAAUAGAACUUGGUGGGAGAACUACAGGAAUGUAAUCAUAAUACUCAUGGUCUUCAUUAUUGGAUUUUUGGUUCUAACGACAGCGUGGCUUUGGAGAUACCGACAGCGAACUAACAUUCCCUACAGGCCAGUAGGUUCAGCCAUGUCUCAACUAGAACUCCAGACAGUAUUAUCUUAAAGAAAGUACAAGCCAAAACCGCAUAGUGAUCACUGCCAACAAGGUGAUUAAAAUUUUGCUUAAUAAUGACGAGUUGACACUGAAAAUAGAUCAUGUUAAUGUUCAAAAAACUGGCUACAAAUUUUCUAAGAGAACCGUGAACACCUUAUAGUAAUGGAUGGAAAUUUAAAAGAUAUGUGAUGCUUGUUUUUGCA